AUGAAGCAGGAUUUCCAGAGCCUUAAGGUUGCUUCUGGAAUGGACCUUGGAGAGGAAGAUGGAUUUGUAGAGAUGAUUCAAGCGUCUACUAAUGGGAGACUUGAUUUGAGACUUGAAUGCAUUCAGAGGCCCCAACCUACAAAAUCUCCCCCAGAUGACAAUGUGUUGCCAAAUGAAGGGCGUAUUGUACAAAUUGAUUCAGAAAAGAAUCAUCAGUUAAUGUUGGACUUGGAUGCCAUAAAAAAUGGAGGCAUUGCUGUUCAAGCAGACAGCAGACAAACUCCUGCUUCUCUCCCAGAGAAGAAAGAGACAAAAAAGUCAACAGAGAGGAAACGUGGAAAGGCAGAGAAAGCGAUUAGUCUAGAGGUUCUCCAACAAUAUUUUGCUGGAAGUCUGAAAGAUGCUGCAAAGAGCCUUGGUGUUUGCCCUACUACAAUGAAGCGCAUUUGCAGGCAGCAUGGGAUCUCUCGCUGGCCAUCUCGCAAGAUCAACAAGGUUAAUAGUUCCCUGUCUAAGCUAAAGCGAGUAAUUGAAUCAGUCCAAGGCACUGAAGGAGCAUUUGAUGUAACUCCUCUCACUACAAGUCCACUUCCUGUUGCUAUUGGUACCAUUUCUUGGCCUUCCAAUUUGAAUGGGAGCACUCAACAGCUCUCACCAAACUCUAAACCCUCCGAACAUCAUGAUGACAAGAAUGGAUUUCCCACCACUAUAAUACCAGGAAGUGAUGGACAGGCUGGUUUUGAAGAUCAAUUGCGAGGAUGUAGAAUGUUGAGUCAAGAGGAACUCACUGUGCAAAACAGGUUUUCACCGGAGGUAGGUAAUGGCUCAAACAGAUCCAAAACAAGGAGUGGCUCAAGGGACGAGAGUGCAGGAACUCCUCCUUUUCAUGGCUCAUGCCAUGGUAGCCCAGAAAAUGAAAGGGCACCUGCAAAGGACCCAUCUGUUUCUCCUGUCCAUAAGCGAUGCAUUAAAGCAGGAGGAUCACCUGAAGUGGCACUUAAACAAACCAGGGAACUAGAUCUGUCAGCUGCAUACUCAAUACCUGAUGCUGUUGCCGCAACAGAAGCUCAAGAACCAUUUGGUGGAAUGCUAAUAGAGGAUGCUGGAAGUUCAAAAGAUUUGAGAAACCUUUGUCCUGCCACGGCGGAUGCUAUUGUGGAUGAGCGAGUUCCAGAAUCUAUUUGGACAAAUCCUCCAUGUUCACAUAUGAAUCCCACACAAACUGUAGCUGCUCUGUCGGACGCAAUGCCUCAUGUAACAUCUAGGCAAGAAAUGAAGAACGUAACCAUAAAGGCAACAUAUAGGGAAGACAUAAUAAGGUUCCGAAUCUCUCUGAGUUGUGGGAUUGUGGAGUUGAAAGAGGAAGUGGCAAAGAGGCUGAAGUUGGAGGUGGGUACUUUUGACAUAAAGUAUCUGGAUGAUGAUCACGAAUGGGUUUUGAUAGCCUGUGAUGCGGACCUGCAGGAGUGUAUGGAUGUUUCUAGAUCAUCAAGUUAUUAUAUAAUCAGGCUAUCAGUUCAUGAUGCAAAUGCCAAUCUCGGGAGCUCCUGUGAGAGCAAUGGGGAGUUAUGA